CGGAUGUUGUCUGUUCUGCGAGGGCCAGAGCCGGCAACAUGGCGUCGAGCGGCGGGGAGCUCGGUGGCUUAUUCGAGCACCACGUCCAAAGGGCUGUUUGCGACACGCGGGCCAAGUAUCGGGAGGGGCGACGACCUCGUGCUGUCAGGGUAUAUACAAUUAACUUGGAAUCUCGGUACUUAUUAAUACAAGGAGUUCCUGCGGUGGGAGCGAUGAAGGAAUUAGUUGAGCGAUUUGCUCUAUAUGGUGCAAUUGAACAGUAUAAUGCUCUAGAUGAAUACCCAGCAGAAGACUUUACAGAAGUUUAUCUUAUUAAAUUUAUGAAUUUACAAAGUGCAAGGACAGCCAAGAGAAAAAUGGAUGAACAGAGUUUCUUUGGUGGAUUGCUUCAUGUGUGUUAUGCUCCAGAAUUUGAGACAGUUGAAGAAACUAGAAAAAAAUUACAAGAAAGGAAGGCUUAUAUAGCAAGAACUGCUAAAAAUAAAGGUCAUUUCAUGACAAAGAAGAAACUGGUUAUAGAGCAUAAAGAUACAAAAGAUUUUAGACAGGACUCCCAUUCAAAGAAAUCUGGAUUUUGUGAAGCUGCGUUGAACACUUCUGCUGGGAAAUCAGAUCCUUGUCUUCCUUAUUCUUGUGAAUUGCCUUUGUGCAAUUUCUCCUCAAAAUGUAUAUGUUCGUCAGGAGAGUACGUGAACAGAGCAUCUAACUCCUCUAGGAAUGGUAGAAACCACGAUGAAACAGUGGGGCAUUGUAGCCACAAUGACUCAUGGCAGAAAAUGCAGAUGAAAACUUUAAAAAAUUCAGUGUCCUGCCCUGGUGCUAUUACUAUUACUUCUUCAGCAGCAGUUGACAGAUUUAUGCCUAGGACAACACAACUGCAGGAGCGGAAAAGAAGAAGAGAAGAUGAUCGUAAACUUGGACCUUUUCUUGAAACAAGCAAGGACAGUAAUGAGGUUGUGAUUGGACCUCAGUUACCAGACAUACCUAAAGUGGAUAUGCAUGAUGACUCGUUGAAUACAACAGCGAAUUUAAUUCGGAGUAAACUUAAAGAGGUGGUUUCAUCUGUGCCAAAGCCUCCAGAGGACAAGCUGGAAGAUGUGCAUACAAGUCAUCCAUUAAAACAAAGAAGAAGAAUAUAAGAUUACUAGUAGCAAGUUAAUAUUUUCUAAGGGAGUAUUUAUUUUUUAUUUUUAGCCUGUCAUUUUAAUUCUUGAAGAGAUUUUACUACUGGUAUUUUUUUCAAUGCACUCCUCUCUAUAAUUUCAUUCAAGCUACUUGUCUAAUUCAGUUUCAUCUUUUAAAAUGAGUUUAUCAUGGACAAAAUACAUGCCAGCUAACUGUUUCUCUUAAUAAAACUGCUCCAAAAAUUCCACCCAGUGCCUUUAGUUAUAUCUUAUUGGCUAGAUCUGGGCCCAUGACUGUUCCUAACUGAGGAGUCUGGAAUAGUGUUUUAGUUUUCCAGCUUCUGUGGUUGAGAAAGCGAGAGAAAAGAGGGGUGGGAAUGCCUGACUCACAGCAGGCCACAAGA